AUGGAACCGCUGCAAGUGCCUGAGCCCGCAAGGACGGGCUAUGCUCGGGCCGGGGAUGGGUCAGAGCUGUACUACGAGCUGUAUUGCAGCGGUCUUUCCAAGGAACAUGAGGACAGGGCAUCCGCGGAAUCUUGGCCCCGGGCAAUGUUCAUAAUGGGGUUUGCAUGCACCUGUGACUGUUGGGCACCGCAGCUGGAUGGCCUCCUCCAACAAGAGGAAGAACGUCCACUGGAGAUCUGUGUUGUUGACAACAGAGGGAUUGGCCGCAGCUCAAAGCCUGCAGGACACAAGAGCUAUACAACGGUCAUCAUGGCAAAUGAUGUUGUUGCUGUUGCGGACCAGCUUGGAUGGGCAGAGUUUCACUGUGUUGGUUUCAGCCUGGGUGCAAUGGUCUCUACGAAGGUUGCCUCCAUGUACUCAGAGCGCAUCCGAUCUCUGUCCUUGUUGGGCGUUACUGGCGGCCGGUGGCAAACACUGCCAGCAACCUGGCGCAGCUUCAAGCUUUUCGUCAAGUCCAUGUUCGUCAAGUCUCCAGAGGACAAAGCAAAGAUGACCGUGAAGUUCCACUUCUCCAGGAGGACCCUGGAGGAAAGGGUGGGGUUUGACAAGUUCCGGCGCAAGGACGUGCUUUUCCAAGAGUACCUGCAGUGUCAGAAGGCAACAACGCCCCAGGCAGGGCUUCACGGCCAAUUGAUGGCUUGCUUGAAGCACAAUCUCAGCAAAAAGGACAUUAGUCAGAUAAGAGGAGGUGAAUUUCCAGUCCAACUCAUCCAUGGCAGGCACGAUGUGGUGGCACACAAGAAAUACGCCCGAAGAAUUGCGAAGCUGUUGGCAGCCCAGUUGGUGGAAGUUGAAGGUGGCCACAUGAUAACUCGCGAGUGUGGACACGAGGUGAACCGGCUUCUGGCGAUGUCCAUCAUGUAUCCAUAUACUCGCAGUGAUCGGUCAAGGCAUCUGGAUCGUACCAUGAGAAGAAAAAGCGAGGGUUAA